UUGACCGAAGUUCCUGAGUCAAUCGGGAGUCUGAAUGCUUUGGAGCACUUAAACCUUGAAGGGUGUUCAAAGCUUGCUAGACUCCCAAAAGACGUAUCUGGGCUCAAGAAUCUGAAAGAACUCAUUCUCUCCGGUUGUGCAAAUUUGAAAGAACUACCAGAGGAUAUAGAUAUUAUGAAAUCUUUGAAGUUACUUCUCCUCAAUGAAACUCCUAUUAAAAGGUUGCCUGAAAAGAUAUUCCACCUCGUGGAACUUGAAAAGCUUCAUCUAAAUUGGUGCACUUCUUUGAAAAAGCUGCCCAAUCACAUUGGAAAGAUGGCUUCUCUCAGAGAGCUCACUCUUAGUGAUACUGGAAUAGAGGAGCUACCUGAUUCGGUGCGGUCAUUGCAGAAUCUUGAGUUAUUGAGCCUUAUGAGGUGCGUCUCGCUGACUGAACUUUCUGAAUUUGUUGGUGACUUAGAAUCAUUGAGGGAAUUGUUCACUAAUGGAAGUGAAAUCAGAGAACUGCCUGCUUCCAUCGGUUCUUUGCUGUACCUAAAGACCCUUUCAAUUGGAGAUUGUCGGUUUUCAAGCCAUUGUCCUGAUUCAAUUAAAGGAUUGCAUUCACUCACAGAGCUUAGUCUAGGUGGACCGUCAAUCACGAGUCUACCAGCUCAACUUGGAGCUCUGAAGAUGCUUACAAGGUUGGAAAUCCGGAACUGUGAAUCACUUGAAAGCUUACCAGAAUCGAUUGGAAACUUGUGGAAUCUCACCACCAUGAUCCUUUACAAGGUGAACAUCACAGAGCUUCCACAGUCGAUAGGAAAAUUGGAAAAUGUCAUGGUCAUGAGGCUUAACGAAUGCAAACGUCUACGCAAGCUUCCGCCAUCCAUGGGCAAUUUGAGAUCGUUGUACCACCUGAUUAUGGAGGGUACCGCAGUAACAGAAUUACCAGAAACCUUCGGGAUGCUCUCAAAAUUAGUAACAUUGAGAAUGGGCAAAAAACCGAGUUCUGUGGUUAUCCCUGAGGGCAACACAGAAACAGAGAAUCAAGAUUUGAUUACAGAGGAAAUUCCUGGAUCGAUUCUUCCAUCUUCAUUAUCGAAUCUCUCUUGGCUAGAAGAACUGAAUGCCCGUGCUUGGUACAUGCAAGGAAAAGUUCCUGAUGAUUUUGAGAAGUUAGUAUCGCUAGAAACUCUAAAUCUAGGAUACGAUAACUUUACGAGCCUUACCACGAGCCUCAAGGGACUUUCCGUCCUUAAGAAACUUCUGCUACCGCACUGCAAGGAGCUCAAGUCUCUUCCGCCCCUUCCAUCGAGUUUGCUAGAGGUUAAUAUCGCUGGCUGUGUGGCAAUAGAGACAAUCUCUGACCUGUCUGAAUUGGAGAACUUGGAGGAACUGAACAUGGCGAAUUGUGAGAAAGUGGUGGAUCUUCCAGGACUCCAGUGCUUGAAAUCCUUGAGAAGGCUAUACCUGACUGGAUGCCGCAUGUGUUCCUCAGUAGUUAAGACAAGAAUUUCGAAGGUUUCUUUGAGGAAUUUAAGCGUUCUCAGUAUGCCAGGGAGUGAAAUUCCAGAUUGGCUAAACGAAGAGGAAGUGAGCUACACGGCACGCAAAAACUGCAUGCUCAAGGCUGUUCUCAUAGGCGUAGUCGUUUCCAUCACCAGUGACUUCCCAGAAUCUUUGAGAGAUCAUAUUCCCACACUUGUGGAUUUUGAGGCAAAGAUACUCAAAAUGAACACGCCUAUCUUCAACACCACAUUGCCCUUGAAUGGGAUACCGAAAUUAGAUGAAGAUCAGGUUCAUUUGUGCAGGUUCUUGGUUUUUCACCCGCUGGUUUCCAAGUUGAAAGAAGGGUACAAAGUUCAGGUGGCAAAGCGGAACCCACCAUUCAUUCCCGGAAUGCAGCUGAAGAAAUGUGGGGUACGUCUGAUUUUCGAGAGAGACGAUGAAUUUGAUGGAGAUGAGCAGCAACUGGAUGAUGGCUAUCAGUCUUUAUCCGAAAAGCUUGCCCGGUUUUUCAACCGUCUGCAGUAACCAGUUCACUAUUGUUUGUUAGAUAUAUAUUUAGAUCAGAAAUCCAGAAGAUUAUGAAUAAUCUAUAUAUAUAUAUGUGUGUGUAUAUAUCUAAAAUGUUUAGAGUUAGCCUCUGGAAAAUGGAAACGGAAGACGGUGCCAAAGAUUGAAGAGAAGGGAACGAGCUUGCUCCUGUCAAUUGAAAUUUCACUUCUGGAAAUGUAAUCUGAAAGUACCAGAAGAGCAUCGCUCUCUCCUGUUCUUUCAUUCUGAAGGCUUUUCAAUUUACCCUGA